AUGUUCCGUCAACAGAUUGCCCGCCAGGCCCGCCUCUUCAGCACCACCCCCAUCGCUCGCAAGAGCCCCGUAGACGCCAUCAAAGAUGCCGCAAAGACAAUCGACAAGACCAUCUCUGGUGCUGCUGUAAAGGGCAUCGAGAAGGGCGAGGAAGUCGCCAACGCCGUCAAGGAAGCUACACCUAACACUACGGAAGAGGCUAAAGGCCAGGCGAGCCAGGUUGCGGGUGAGGCCAAGGGAAAGGCGAGUGAGGUUACAGGACAGGCCAAGGGAAAAGCGGCGGAGGUUAAGGGGGAGAUGAAGGGGAAGAUGUAG